GACAUACAUUAAACCGAGAGUUAGCGGAAAUCGGAACCGAGAUAAGGGUGGACGUCGUCGCCGGAGGCGAAGGGAAAAAGCUCAGCGAUGGCGACCGGCUGUUGCUCCUUCGCCGGCGCCCUGCCGUCGGCGACGGGGAAGCCCCUCGUUUCUCCUAUGCGCUUAUGUUUUUAUGGUAUCUCAUCUUCCUCGGCUGCUCACUCUUCUGGAGGCUCCCGAAAGGUCCCGGUUCUUCUAGCGAGGGCGUCCGUGGUCAAUUCCUCUGAGAGUUCAUACGGAUUCGCCAAGAGAAUGGAGCUUGCGUGGCUGAUCUCUAAGCAACCAAAACCAAUAGCAUGCUCUACUUGUGAAUCAAAUGGCUAUGUCGAAUGCAAGUGGUGCGCUGGCACCGGCUUCUUCAUCCUUGGCAAUCAAAUGCUUUGCGAAGUGCCAUCUAGAAACACUGCCUGUGUUAUAUGCACGGGAAAGGGUUCUGCUGCUUGUCGUGACUGCAAAGGCACAGGCUUCCGUGCAAAGUGGCUGGAAGAUCCUCCACCUCCCAAAUGAAGUCCCUUUUUUUCUGCUGUAUAGUGUGUUGGAAACACCAUGAUUCAGAUUAUUUUGCAGGAUAAAACUGCAUUUUUUAACGUUUACUGCAACUGUCAGAGUCUCCAUAGUUGAAUGUUGAAACUUGAAGCUAUUAAAUAACGAGAAAUUCUUCAGAAUGAUAGAAAUGAAUGAUCCGAUUUAUAUAUAAAUGUAUACAUAAUGUUUCCCAUGUAUAAGCAUAAUUGUUACUAAACAAACUAAGCAAGUUGACCCUAACAAGUUGUGGUUGCAUGAAGCUAGCUAGUUUUGUAAUCAAAUUCUCAACUUUCAGAACAUUUUCAGUUUGUAGCCUAAUAUUUAUAGAGCUAGAAAGUUUCAAAUUGUUUGCAAGAUCAGCCAUACAAACAUCUCCCCUAAAGUAGUCUCAUUAAUAUGUUCACAAGCUUUGCCUACUUGUCUCCUUUCACAAUCUAGUGGCCAACUCUAUAUAGUAGCAUUUCAUGUUUUCUUCACUUCAAUCAACUUCAGAGUUCAGAAUGAAGAAGAUAGAGCAAGAGAAAAUGUAUGCAUUGCUCUUGGCCAGCAAGGACUCUUGACUAAGUCAAGAAGCAGUACAAGGGCUACUUCGACGUAUUUGUUGAAGCCAUCAGGUGUUGUGUAGAGCACUUGGUGGAGAAGUGAGGAAGUCUUGUGGCGGAUGGGACAUUGGGAAGGAAGGUGAUCAUGGAGGAUGAGUUGAGGCAUAUUAAGUUCUUGGAAAGACUGGAAGUCAUUCCGGAAUGUGUUUCGAUCUUCAAAUGCUACCGAGAUAAGGUCUAGGGUUUAGAAGCAAGUGUGGCAAAGUCCGACCGGAACAGAAGUGAUCGCCUCGUCCAAGAAGACUGGAAUCGAGAUGUUCUACAUAGGAGAUCACAGAUUGGGCAUUCAAAGUCACCCUGAAUACAAUAAAGGCAUGUUGCAUAGUCUCAUAGAUCGUCUCCUCGCCAAUGAAUCAAUCUGUAAUUGUUAUGCUGAUGAUGUGAAAGCAAGCUUGGAGGAAGCUGCGCCUAAUAAGGAAUUCUGGGAGAAGUUGUGCAAGAGCUUCUCAUAGGUGAAUAAGGACUGAUUUUGAAUUAGGAAAUGUUGAAAAGAAAAAGGACUUUAAAGCUCACCAGGAUGUGGCAUUGCUUCAUGUAUCUGGCUGAUGCCGAGUUCCGGCGAAGAGCUUCCUGUGAAUGAAUCAUCGGAGGUGCUCGUUCGGCUUUCCUGGUCGCUGGAACUCGGUAAAGAACUUGGACUUGCACCUGC